AUGAAAGACAGCCGCGCGACCGCGCCAUGUGGAGUUCUAGAGGCUGCAGAGUCCCUGUCAAAGCAGUAUGCCAAGCAUGGGAUAGAAGGAGUUCGCAGAGGACAUAGCUUAAUUCUUGGAGAUGCGUCCCUCAUGCUCCAAGCUGGCAUCGGUUAUGUGCGGGCACAUAGUGCAUUUCGGCCAGAAGAUGAAGUCUUCAUCCAGUCUCAUUCUGGAGACGUACUUGGUCACAUGAACCAGGAUGGGAUGACCUUGAUCGACAAGGAAACUGGUCUCGUCCAUGCAAACAAUGUAUUCGCUGCAUGCCCUCCACAGGGGAGUGGUUUGGGAGGAUCGAGGAGGGCAGCUGCAGAGUAUUUUGCAGAACGAGGCUGCGUGGUGCUGAUGAUAUCUGCGGAUAGUGGCGGCGAAGUCCUUAAGUUUGAGCCUGGCAAAAUGUCAUGCAUCUGA